GGCUCCCUCGGCUGUGGGGCCGGCCUCCUCCUCCGGGCGGCGCUCGGGCCGGGGGGACCCCGCAGCGGCGCGCUGUGAGCGCGGGCCCGGGGCGGGGUCGUCGGAGGCUCCCGCCCACCCGAGGUGCCGCCCCCAAAAGAAGCCCUCGCGGGCUGCAGCCUAGGAACGAGCCGCGCGCCCGUGAGCUCGUCCGCAGCGGCCCGCCCGGCGAGUCGCCCGCUGGAGGACUGGCCCCACGCGGAGCAGCGGGGCCGGGUGGGUGUGGGGUGGGGGGCGCAGGGCUGGGGGGCCCCGGACGCCCCGCGCGGCCAUGGCGGCGCCCGGGGACCCGCGGCGGCCCUACCGGCUGGCGCAGGAGGGCCGGCUGUGCGCCCUGCGGGAGGAGCUGCGGGGAGCCGGGCGCGCGAGCUGCCCGGGGCCCGCCGGGGACACCCUGCUGCACUGCGCCGCCCGCCACGGCCAUCGGGACGUGCUGGCCUACCUGGUGGAGUCCUGGGACAUGGACAUCGAGGCCGCCAACCGGGACUACAAGCGGCCUCUGCACGAGGCUGCCUCCAUGGGCCACCGGGACUGCGUGCGAUACCUGCUGGGCAGAGGAGCCGCGGUGGACUGCCUCAAGAAGGCCGACUGGACCCCGCUGAUGAUGGCCUGCACAAGGAGGAAUCUCGAGGUGAUCCAGGACCUUGUGGAACAUGGCGCUAAUCCACUUCUCAAGAACAAAGACGGCUGGAACAGUGUCCACGUUGCCAGCCGAGAGGGGGACCCUGCGACCCUCCGGUACUUGCUCACUGUUUGCCCAGACGCCUGGAAGACGGAGAGCAAGAUCGGGAGAACCCCCCUGCACACGGCAGCAAUGCAUGGCUGUUUAGAGGCAGUAAAGGUGCUUCUACAGAGGGGCCAGUACCAACCAGACUGCAGGGACAGGUGUGGCUCCACACCCUUCAUGGACGCGCUUCAGUGUGGCCACAUCGACGUAGCCAGGCUGCUGCUGGAAAAGCAUCAGGCCAGCGCGUCUGCCCAGGAUUCCCUGGGGGCGCAGGCCAUCCACAGGGCAGCGCUCACUGGGCAGAACGAAGCCAUCCGCUUCUUGGUCUGUGAACUCGGCACGGACGUGGAUGUGAGAGCAGCAUCAGGCCACCUCACUGCACUGCACUACGCGGCGAAGGAAGGACACGUGAGCACAGUCCAGAUGCUCUUAGCCUUGGGUGCCGACAUCAACUGUAAAGACGCAAGAAAUCGAUCAGCCCUGCACCUGGCCUGCGCAGGCCAGCACGCGGCUUGUGUCGAGCUCCUUCUGCGGUCCGGGCUGAGGGACUCUCGGGACGACACGGGUGCCCUGGCUCAGCAGCUCGCGUGUGGCACGGACACCCUUCAGUGCUUCAACCACAGCGCGACGUCCUGAGGGCAUUUCUGAGGAGGACAGCAAAACGCAUGGUGAUUCACAUCUUGCUUGGGGAGUUCAGUGAAGUCGGUCUGGCAACCCUAAAUGAAAUGCUAAUUCACGAACCAACUUGGCCUCGGCAAAAGCCACGGGCCCUUUCACUUGCUUUGUUGAACUUUGAUUGGUUGGCUGAACACAGAAAACGAUCGAAGUGAGCUGAUUUCGGAGCCCAAUAGCCCACCCGUGGCUGAAACAACCAACCUCGAAAUCUCAGAGGCUUCACAUUUCUCAUUUAUGGGACAUCUGACGUGGAGGUCAUGGCAGGUGGCUCCCCUGGGCAGUUGUCCGUCCACCAGGCAGUGGUGCCACCUCCCGGAGCCCUUCGUUUGUGGUCUCCCCAACCGGGAGGGGGCGGCAUGACAAGUCCAUGGCUCGUCCGUGGGCAGGCUUGCUAGUGGCCCACAUCGACAGUGGCCAACCCAGACAGCCGGCUCCACCCGGACGUGAGGGGGGCCGGGGCACAUCCUCUUCCUGUGUGCCCAAGCUCACCACCAAGCCGAGCACGAAUGGGAGCACGAGAGAGCCCACCCCAGCCCUGCCUUCCUCUAUCCGGGAGACCCCACACCCAGUUCCUCAAUUCUGCCGUUUGGAAAAGGCCACGGCACCUACCCUGCGGCUCUGCCAUGCGGGCACGACGCUGGCACCCAGAAGGGGCUGAAGGAAGCACCGGUGCCACUGCUUUGUCUGCAGCCUGUUGGAAGUACCUCCGUGGCUUGCGACGUGGCGCCCAUCUCCCAGCACAGAACAGUAGUAUUGAAGUUUCUCACCUCUCCGAUUUUUGACUCUAAGACACCAUCCAGUCCAGUCGAGGCUCAGCCGGGUCGAAUCACUUGGCUGAGCUCACUCACACACCCCAGGGGCGCCCAGCCCCCUGAGUAACCAGGCUGAAGCGGUCACUGGUGCCCACAUGUGCCACCCAGACACUGCCACAUGGACGGGGUCAGGCUGCGUUUCGUACUUGUUUCCAGAGAGCCCGGCGAGCGGACUGCAUCCCCAGGCGCCCGCUCCAGACGUUCACGCUGCCUGCAUAUAAUCUGGCAGAAGAGCCUGGGAAAUGCGCUGACUUUUUCUCCCUGGCCACAGCACGGUGCCCGACUUCCUGGUGUGGCUGAAUUCCCCCUCCACAGGCCUCACUGAUUUUUUCCAGCAUCAACGGCACGCCCAGUGGUAACAGCUUACACGCUUGGACCGUUCAGAUGUCUGUCCCCAGCGAAAGUCGGUUGCUGAUGACAGCAGACCAUUAAAUGGCUCUACCACACAUUCCUCCCACCCUGCCUUGCUUUUUGGUUUUGAACUCGCUUUCAUUUUGCCAUGUCAAGGGAUCCUACUCAGGACGCUGGGCCCCCAGUGACCCAGCAUCAGGGCCUGAGAUCACGUAAGGGAGUCUCCUGUGGGCAGCACCUGUGUUGCACGGGUGAUUUACCUUUGCUGUGUUUUUCCAAGUGACAGCUCGGAACUGAGGGGCCACCGACCGAUGUGAACUCCUCAGACAUCCCAGCUCUGUGACCUGUGGCGACAGCCACGGCUGGUUCACUGCGGUGGCCGUGCGCAUCCACCAGUGUCCCAGAACCAGACAGGGGCCAAAAUAAAACUUUCUCCCGGGU